CCAUCACGUUCAGAGAACAGAUGUCUAUCUGAAGGACUUCACAUUCAAAGAAAGAAACAAAAAGUUAAAAUGCUGCUGAAGUGUCUUCUGUUGUCUCUGUUCCUUAUUGCAGGGGUUUAUUCUGAAUGGCAAGUGAAUUGCCCUGCGACAAUGAAUAGCGUCCCAGGUUCUUGUGUCUUCAUCCCAUGCACUUUUGACUUCCCUGUCCGUGUCAGUGCUGAGAAAGGCAUUGAUCAGAUCUGGUACAAAGACUUGGAUGGCAAUCGAAAGAUGGUCUACCACCCAAGAGAUCCACCUGCCACCGAGUUUGUUGAACGGGUGGAAUUCUUGGGAAACACUUCAAUGAAAAACUGCACCCUCCUAGUGAAAAACAUCCAGAAAGAUGAUCUGGGAACCUAUCUAUUCAGAUUUGAGAUUGUAGAUGGGGAUAAAUGGACAGACAAGAGAGGAGCCAGGCUGGAGGUGACUGAUCAGCUCCUCCUACCAGAAGUGGUGGUCCCACCACUUAUUAAUGAAGAAACGUCAGUGACUUUUAAGUGCUCAACGCCAUACUUUUGUCCAGAUGGCUCGGUGACACUAAACUGGAAGGACUACACGCCCGGUAGAUCAUUGUUAUCUGAAGAUGUGCAUCUCGAUACGACUGCCGUCCUCAUGAUUCAGAACCUGACAACCAGCUUCACUUGGAUGGAUCAUAAAAAGAAAAUUCUCUGUGCAGUGUCUGUCGGAAGUCAAACUGCUGUAAAGGAGGUUACCCUUGAUGUCAGACAUUCUCCCAGAGUGAGCAUCCUCCUCAAUCCAUCAGGGAAUAAUAUUAAAGUGGGAGAUUCUUUUAACCUGACCUGUCAUGUGAACAGCAGCAACCCAGAAGUCACUACAUACACAUGGUUCAAGGAUGGCCAGCAGUUUUCCCAGGAGCCUUCGGUGACUUUUAAUAGCAUUUCCAAGACCGACCAUGGAGAAUAUCGAUGCGAAGCUCAGAACGCCAUUGGAAAUGGGUAUUCCGAGAUGCAGCUGAUUGUCUUCGCUGCAAGGAUGAAUGUGGUCCCAUCCCCCGAUGUCAAUGAAGGGACUCCUGUGACACUGACAUGUGGUGUUCUUGGGGUGAGACCUGAUGAGAUCCAAUACAGUUGGUACAAGAACAACAUCUUGAUCAAGGAAGGUUCGGUUAGGACUCUGGUGUUCAAUGAAGUUGCUAGCAGUGACUCUGGUGACUAUUACUGCAAGGUGCAAAACGACAAAGGAAGUGAUUCCUCUACACCAGUUACACUGAAUGUAAAAUAUCCUCCAAGAACACCAGUUCUCACCUCAUUCCUGGAGACUCAGAAGGGGAACCUGGCCAUGGUUCACUGUACCGUAGACAGCAAUCCGUCCGCAGAAAUGAUGUUGUACAAAGACGAGACCCUCAUCGCCAGUUCUCCUUUGCAUUGGGCUCCAACAGAAAGGAUCCAAGUGUCCUACAAGAAGAAUUCUCUGAGCCUAGAGAUCCGGGAUGUGAUCUUAUCUGAUGAAGGGACAUACAAAUGUCUUGUCAAUAAUUCUGUCGGCAAUGCAACUGCAAGUGUCAAGCUCAUUGUAGAAAUGGUAAGAGUGGUGGCAUCGCCGUCUGCGGAAGAAGAAGAGGGUAAAGAAGUCACGCUGACUUGUGUGGCCACAAGAGGCUCGGAGAAGGGGAGCGUUUACACCUGGUUCAAGAAUGACAAGUGGUUGAAGGAGGACCUGAAAGGGAACACCCUCACCUUCCACAGAGUCUCAGCCCAGGAUGCUGGAUUCUAUUACUGCAGAGUCCACAAUACUCAGGGCAGCAGCAUGUCACCACCAGUGACUCUACGUGUCUUAUAUCCCCCCAGACACCUCUCGGUAACAUCUCUUGUGUCAAGCCAUGACCCUCUGACAGCCAUUAUUCUGUGUACGGUGGACAGUGAUCCUCCAUCACUGGUGUUCCUAUACAGAAAAGAGACACUGGUAGCUUCCAGCUUGAAUGACCCUUCCAAUAAGAGAUUGAAAAUGACGUCUUCUACCAAUUCCUUACAACUGGAAAUCAUGGGUGUUGUCUUGGAAGAUGAGGGGACCUUUACCUGCAUAGCAAACAGCACAUACGGCUCAACGACUUCUACAAUACAAUUCACUGCACCAACGGCAAAAAUUAUGGUGUCCCCAUCUGCGGAAGUACGAGAAGGAGAAAAUGUUACCCUCACCUGCCUCUUGAAAAGCUCAUCAGACACGGGAAAUGACACCUUCAGCUGGUACAAAAAUAAUGCUUUGCUCAUAGAAGAACAGGAGGAUGUUCUACACUUUGGGGGAGUCACCAGCUCAGAUUCCGGGUCAUAUUAUUGCAAAGCAUGGAGUGGUGAGAGCAGCAAGACCUCCGCCCCCGUUAGACUUCAGGUGGCAUAUGCUCCAAGAAGUAUACAGCUCAGGUCCUUCCAAGAUACUAAAGAGGGACGUACGGCUUUCAUACGUUGUACCGUAGACAGCUACCCUACGGCUCAAGUCCUGCUGUACAAAGGAGACCAGCUGGUAGCCUCCCGACUCGCUGGAGACUCUUCACACGAGCGGAUCACAGUUUCUGCAGCUCGGAAUGAGUUGACUCUGAAUAUUAAUAACCUUAAGAUGGAGGAUGAAGGAAAAUACACCUGCACCACCAGAAACCCCAUCGGAUCUUUAUCAGAGACUUUACAUUUCAUUGUUCAGACCUCAAGAGUCCUGGUGAACCCUUCCACCGAGGUUUCAGAAGGAGUUCAGGUGAUGCUGACAUGUGACACCAUGAAGUCCCAGUUGGGGGAGAUGGAAUACAUUUGGUAUAAAAACAGCAGGUGGUUGGGGAAGACCCAUGACAAGUACCUGCAGUUUGAAAGUAUUAAAAGCAGUGACUCUGGAUAUUAUCAUUGUCUGGCCCGUGGUAGUCAAGACAGCAGUACUUCCCCUUCAGUGUCGCUGCAUGUGUCAUAUGCCCCUCGAAGGUUGGUCAUGUCAUCAUUUUGGGAAGCAUCUGGUGCACAGGUUGGCAUUAUUCAGUGUUCAGUAGAUAGUGAUCCACCCUCCACAUUGGCCUUGUACUCCAGACAUGUGUUGGUUGGUUCUUCCAAUUCCUCUGAAUCCUCCAAUCCCAGGAUUAAAAUAUCAUCGGCACAGAACUUGUUAAAGAUGGAGAUCCAUCGGGUCAUGCUGGAGGACGAGGGGCUGUAUACCUGCACCGCAGCUAAUUCUAUUGCUGAAUCGCGAACAUCUGUUAACUUCACAGCACAAACCACCAGAAUCCUGGUCAGCCCAACCUCAGUUGUACAGGAAGGAGAGACGGUAAAUAUGACUUGCAUGGUGACCAGCGAAACCACAGAUGGAGUCAUAUACACGUGGUAUAAAAAUGGCAAUAAAUUAAUAGGCACCAUGAAAACAUUGCCAUUUGUCAGCGUUACCAGCAAAGACAGAGGAUCGUACUACUGUGUUGUUGAGAGUCACCAAGGGAGCAAAAGUUCACCAUCUGUCACCUUGAACAUCCUGUAUGCGCCAAGAAACCUGGAAGUCAAAUCUUUUUUGGACACAGAAAAUGGAAAUGUCGCCAUUAUAGUGGGAGCAGUGGACAGUAACCCACCGGCAGAAAUGUCUUUAUAUAAGAAUGGGAAAAUUCUGGCUUCUUCCAUUGAUGGCACGCCUUCUGAUAAGAGGUUACAAGCCUACAUCUUGCCAGACACACUGAGGUUGGAGAUCCAUAAUGUCAAGACAAGUGACCAAGGGACCUACGUCUUUAUGGCCAAAAACAGCCAUGGAACGGCACAAGCCUCUGUGGCCCUUACUGUAGAAGGUGCCCGUGUCCUCACCAGCCCCUCUACAAAGAUGAAGGAAGGUGACUCUCUCACAUUGACCUGCCAUGUCCGGGAUGGAGCUGAGUCUGUGAUUGGUUACACUUGGUAUAAGAACGGCAGGUGGCUCCAGGAGGGUGCUCUGGCCUCUGUAUUAUAUGAGAAAGUAAGCAGUGAUAAUGCAGGGUCCUACUCCUGCACAGCCCAUAGUACCACAGGCUCCAAGACCUCUCAACCUGUCUCCAUCACUGUGCUGUAUCCUCCACGAAACCUCCUAGUGACAUCAUUCCUGGAGCUGCAAGAGAGACAGCUGGCGGUGAUAUUGUGCCGUGUGGACAGCGAACCUCCCUCUCAGUUGUCUCUUCUCAAAAACAUGGAAGUAGUAUCUCCAGAUGGAUAUGGUGACGCCACCCAGCGCAUCAUGUUGUCGCUCUCCCAUAACACUCUACGACUGGAAAUAAAAGACGUGACAAUGAAUGACCAUGGGGAAUACACGUGUCAAGCUAAUAAUUCCCUUGGUGCUGCGGAAAAAUUGAUUAGCUUCUCCGUUCAAACUGCCAUGGUGUUGGUAAGGCCAUCAAGUGAGGUAGAAGAAGGCCACUCGAUGAAUCUCACGUGCCAGGCUCCCACGGCUGACAAUACUACUUAUACCUGGUACAAGAACAACAAGUGGCUCCAUGAAAGCUCCCAGAAGUCUCUACUGCUGCCCAAAGUGUCCAGUUCAGAUACCGGUUCUUAUCACUGCUUGGCCAAGCACUGGCGAGGAAACAGCGCCUCCCCACUAGUGGGAAUAAGCAUCCUAUAUGGUCCUCGUAACUUGGUACUAACGUCAUACCUAGAAACUCAAGUAAAAGGGAGAGCGAUUAUUGUGUGCCAGGCUGAAAGCAACCCUCCAUCCAUGAUCUCCCUGACCCGCAAUGAUAUCCAACUAGGUACCUCAGCACUAACGUUUGUCGACCGAGGAGACAAGUACUGGCCUUCUGCCUCUCAUAACUACCUGAAGCUGGAGAUAAGAGACAUCACCUCCGAGGAUUCUGGGAGCUACAGUUGCAUUGUUAGUAAUAAAUUGGGAACCACAAGGUCAUCAAUGCAUCUUGAAACUAUAGACAGGACAGAUUCCACCUACAAGAUCGUCUUUUGGGCUGCUUUAGGAUGCAUUUUACUGAUAAUCGGGGUUCUCAUUGGAUUCUAUUUUUGGAAAAACAGAAAGCAAGAAAGAUCGAUCUUGAAAACAGCAGAUGAGUCAUUGGAAAUGGACAGCAAGGAAACCCCGCAGAACUGAUCUGUCCUCUUGGAAUGUUGGUUGAUAGAGUUGGGGCUGGCCGGUUUGAUCAGAAUUCAUCUAUAAAAUUAAAGACUUUCCUGUCAAUCGGGACGCAGAGAGACAACCCCCAUGGGAGAGACGCACCAAUCACUCACAGGCUUUAACAAAAAUGGCCAACCAGAAGGAUAUAAAACAGAGCAGACCUGGGCAGUCCAUAAAGACGUUGAGAUUUUUCGGUUCUGUGGCUAGAGCUCCUGUCUGCCGUAAUCGUAACUGUGCAAUUGAAAUCAGCACUUAACCCUUGGAUUGCUUCAAUUAUUUAAUUGGUCACCAUAUAAAAAUGUCAUUAAUUGC